GGAAGCCAGUGGAAUCGUCGUCCAUACUCCAAGAAGAGCGACUAUUGUUUAGACUUCUCUCUGCUACUAGAAACGUCGAUUGAUCGGUCGAUCGAUCGAUCGGAAUCCAACUGAAGCAAGAGAAUAACUGUGUGAAAAUGGCGAACCUGCUUCGAUGCCAGAGAAUUGGCUGUAACGCUACUUUCACGGAAGACGAUAAUCCUGAGGAUUCCUGCACUUAUCACGAAUCGGGACCUUUGUUUCACGAUGGUAUGAAAGAGUGGAGCUGUUGCAAAAAAAGGAGUCAUGAUUUCAGCUUAUUUCUGGAAAUUCCCGGAUGCAAGAUGGGUAAACAUACAACUGAAAAGCCAACCAUAGCAAAGGCUACUGCUGCCCCCAAGCAAGCAAUCAAAACAUCCGCUCCUGCAAAUAAUGUGUCAACUAAAGAAGCAUGUCCCAGGUGUCGUCAAGGAUUCUUUUGCUCCGACCAUGGUUCACAAGCAAAAGAUAUGAAUUCUAAAUCCUCGUUUCAAGUUCAAUCUACUUCGAAGGAAGUUAAUCUAGAUUUGCAGGCAACUGUCAAAGCUCCAGCAAAGAAAGUCAUCGACAUAAACCAGCCCCGGACUUGCAAAAACAAGGGAUGUGGUCAAACUUUCAAAGAAAUUGAUAACCAUGACACUGCGUGUAAUUACCACCCCGGUCCUGCUGUCUUCCAUGACCGAAUGAGAGGGUGGAAAUGCUGUGACAUUCAUGUGAAGGAAUUUGACGAGUUCAUGACCAUUCAACCAUGUGCUAAGGGAUGGCACAAUGCAGAUCCAGAAUCAUAACAAGCAGAAGCCUGCAAGAUUUAGGCAUUUAAUUUGUUUACUUCAACUGGCUGUUCUGCUGUAGAACUGAGUACUUUCAUCAGUAUUGAGGUGCACCUUUCUUCCUAUGAUCAAGCUUUUAUAUAAUGAUGAGGUGCCUUGAGUUUGUUAUAACUUUAUGUUUUAUAUGUUCAAUACCGUGUCCAUCGUUCUCUGUUGUGUGGUUCACAUCUUUGUUUAUUGGAACAUCAUCAUCACUU